AUGUCUAAUCUGUCUCUGGAUCGCUCAAGACAGGCAUCGUUCAUCGAGGCUCCCUCCGGGACCAAAUGGAUACCCUUUAGAAAUAUAUUCGAUAUGCCGAAAGCCCACGCCUGGGAGACCUUUGCGAAAUGGGGAGAACGGUGGGGUGGCAUCAUGAGCAUCAAGCUAUUCGGUCAGACUUGGGUGAUCAUAAACGAUCCAAACAUUGCGGUCGACAUCCUCGACAAGCGGGGAAAUACUUACGCGGAUCGACCGGAGCUACCAAUGUCUGAGCUGUCUGGGUGGGGCCGAGCGCUCAGUAACUCACGUUAUGGGCCUAGGUUCAGAGAAUAUCGCAAGCUGAUUGGACGAGUAAUUGGCACUCGCGGCAGUAUGAAGAAAUUCUACCCCGCCGAGGAAUAUCAAGCCGCAAUGUUUCUGAAGCGGGUCUUGAGUAAUCCUUCCCGAGUCGAUGAAGCUACGCGGAAGACCGCGGGAGCUAUGAUACUCUACAUAACGUACGGGUACAAGAUCCAGGAGGACGGCCAAGAUCCCUUCGUUUACAUGGCUGACAAGACUAUGGAAGAGUUCAGCGACUGCACAACAGCGGGAAAAUACCUCGUCGAUCUACUCCCUCUACUGAAGUACGUACCUCCAUGGAUACCCGGUGCCGGCUUCCAGAGGCUAGCUGCGAAAUAUCGGCGAUCCUGCGAGAAUAUGGCUGAAGUACCGCUGAAAUUUGUGGAAGAGCAAAUGGCCAAGGGGACGGCUUCCCCGUCGUACACGGCGGAUCUGCUUAAGGAUCCACAUAUUUCAGAGGAGCGGAUGCAAGAUAUAAAGUGGUCUGCGCUCUCGUUUUAUGGUGCUGGAGCAGAUACCACUGUGUCCGUCGUCCAGAGUUACUUCCUGGCAAUGUGCUUGUUUCCGGAAGUGCAGAAGAAAGUGCAGUGUGAAGUCGACUCUGUCGUCGGUCGGGCGCGGUUGCCAAAUUACGAUGAUCGAGAGGCGUUGCCAUACGUCGAGGCAGUAUGCAAAGAAUUGUUCCGUUGGUUGCCUAUCGUUCCUCUAGCCGUCCCUCACCGAGCCAUGGCUGAUGAUGUAUACGACGGCUACCUCAUACCGAAAGGAUCGUGGGUUGUAGCGAAUGUCUGGAAAUUCUUGCAUGACCCUGAUGUUUACCAUAAUCCGUUCGAAUUCAACCCCGACAGGUUUAUGGGUGCACUAGCGGAACGUGAUCCGAAGGAUUUCGUUUUCGGCUUCGGUAGACGAGUCUGUCCGGGUUCCCACCUUGCUGACGACUCCGUCUGGAUCAACAUCGCCAGGACUGCAGCAGCGCUGGAAGUGAAUCUGGCACUGGACGAAAGCGGCAGACCUGUCAUACCGGUCCCUGCGACGACGGACGGUAUCAUCGUGCGACCGCUGCCUUUCAAGUGCGAUAUAAGGCCUAGGCACGAGCGCAUUCUGGACUUGGUCAAGGAGGCUACUGAAUUCGAAGACUCGAACUGA